UUUCCAACAAUGGGCUCAACUGACGCGCCACACUUGAGUAUCGAGAGCGGGUGGUAUCUUCAGCAACCUCCUGCAAACCCAUUCAUCUCAACAAAGCGGAUACGAUCACAACAACCUCUACCUGGCAAAAAAAGGGCCCGCCUGCUUGUUGCAAGCUGACGAUAUUGUGACGGAGACAGAGUCGACGACCUAACGAUCUUUGAUGUUCUGGUCAGACACCUGAAUGACUUUCUUCACAAACAACCUACCACACCUGGGAAACUGCGUACUCGUGGAUCGAAAUCGAUUGCUUUGAAAGUUUCAUCGCCAGGUGGCGGGACGCCUGAUAUGCCAGUAGUUCGCGAGGUCACCAGCAUCACACCAAGUCGGUGCUCAGAGCGGAAUACCCAUCGACCAAGUGUUGUUGCUGUUGCACAUACACACCAAGGACCGCACUAGUGGAGUGACAGAACGCUUGCAACAUCACCACGUGAACCCACAUCUCUCUUCAUCAUCUUUCUUCCCUCAUUUCCUGGAAGCUCGGUGUUUACGUGUUUGGCAAGAUUCAUCGAUCUUUCCAGGUAUAUCGUGCAGGUGACCCGGCGGAAUCGCCUCCUCGCUGUCAUUCCUUCUAUCGUCGUCGUCCUGAUUAAGAUCGUCAACAUUGUCGUCAGAUUUUCCUGGCAUCGUCAUUGUUGACUGUAAGUCCUCACCGACUACGAAGUAUAGUUUCUUCUAGAACAGUUCAGGAGGAGCUAAUCACGUGUGCACAUGGUUUUCUCGGAGAAACAAUUCUCCAAGACUUGAUCGAAUACAGGGGAUUAAGACAACCUUGAAUACAGUUGGUUGUCCUGGCAACGCAGAACUGCAGCAUUGACACUGAGCAGUAACUCUUUCAGGUAAACGUUUGUGCAGCAGAUAAAUAAAUAACACUUGACCCACGAGUGUCACGUGACCUGAUCGUCGGCGCUGAGGUCUGAGGAGGCGCAAUGGAACCCUGGCGAUGGAGGUUCGCGCUCGCAGUCUCUAUGGCAGCUCUUCUUUUCCCGCACUGUGUCACGUGUCAAGCUAACGUGACCGAAACAGGAAAUUCGACCAGUCCUCUGACCACCGCUCCCACAAUCAACUCCAUCAGCGCCCCGAUUACGAAUGAAACGUUAACAGCUCCUUCAAACGCUACCGGACAAGAGAACGUAACGGCCCCCGGUAAUGUCAACCCUCCCCAGACCAACAGUUCUACAACUAGCAGCAACAGCAGCGUAAAUGAACAUAAUGUGACUACCGCCAUCACCCCUACCACCACCACCAGCAACAACAGCAUUUCUGUCAACGUCACAACGGCUGUGCCUAACAACGUCAGUUCUCCCAACGUGACAACGGCUUCGCCCCCUAUUGUGACUGUUACGAGUCCGCGCCCAGUGUGCUCCAAUGACACGUGCAAACACGGGGUCUGCGGUGAAAAGAAUGGCAGCGGAGUCGGGUGCAUUUGUCAACCGGGGUGGAGGGGAGAUAACUGCAGUGAGGAUAUUAAUGAGUGUAGCCUUGGAAUAUGUGUCAACUUUGAUCUGUGCACAAACCUGGUUGGAAGUUACACGUGUUAUUGCAAAAAGGGAUGGGCUGGUACAAACUGCUCAGAAGAUAUUGAUGAAUGUGAAAAAAACCACCCUUGUGGAGAUGCAAAUUCUAUUUGCAAAAAUACCAACGGAAGCUACGCCUGUUUAUGUAACGAUGGUUUCGAAAGGGUGAACAGCACUGCCAAUUGUACCAAAACAGUUAUCAUUGGCAACAGUCUAGAGACAAAUGUUGUCUAUGGAGAUGAGGAACUCUUUGGACCAUACCUAAUACCUCAGUCCUUUCCAUUUAAUGGAAAAAAACAUUCCGCUUUCUAUGUGAGCAUAAAUGGUUAUGUCAUCUUUGAUGAUCAACUAAAGAGACCCUUCAAGCCAUCUAAUGAAACUGUUUUGGAAGGCCAGUCCAUUAUUGCUCCAUACUGGACAGACAUCGAAAUUCCAGAGAAAAGCAACACAUCUAAACUUUUCCAUUUGGAGCUUUCACUCGAAAAUGCCCUAAAAUAUAAUAAAACUAAGGCAUAUUUUGAUCAAAGUGCUCAAAUCCAGUCUAUCAUGAAUGAAAGUAAAAUACAAACAGAUCUGACGAGUCCCACUUUUAUUGCGGUACUUACCUGGAGUGAAGUACUGCCACAUAAGGCAGAAAAAUUUGCCAACCUGCAGCCAGCAACAUUCCAGUUGGUUCUCAUGACAGAUGGUUUUCAGUCUGUUGCAAUAAUUAGUUACAGAACAAUCUGGCCAGCAAAUGAGCAUCUGAAGGUAGAUACAUACAUCUCUGGGAAUCACCUGGAACCCAUUAUUGAUCUGAAAGUGCCUAAAAGACAAGUCAUACUUCUUUCAAAUGAUUCAAGACCAACCAACACCUAUGCAGCCUGCCUGCAGUGGCGUUUCAAGGACCACUUUCAAAACUAUACUAAGAUUACUUGCCCCUGUUCUUUAGUUCGGGCCAGACAGGAUAGAAUGUUUACUGUGGAUGAAGGACAGCACAGGGCCCAAAGUAAAGUGUGGGACUCUAAAGGAACCAAAGCGAUCUGCUACUAUGAUGAUAACAGCAACAUGCUGAUCACAGACCCUACUGAGCUGAGAGGAAAGCCAGCAAUGUUCAAGGACCAAGAAGCUGAGAGUGAUUUUCAAACUGGUUGGACCCACUGCUGCAAUGGCCGUUCUGAAAUGUGCUACAGAGUGUUUGAAGUAUUCUCUAUAGCAUCCUGCAGUGCAUAUACAGCUUUGGUGUGGGGUUUUGUUCAUGUGUCUACUCUUGAUGGCAAGGAGUUCAUCUUUAAUGGAUGGGGGGAGUAUUUGCUGCUUCGUGCAGCAGACAGAUCACUGGAAAUUCAAGGCAGAACCCAAAAACAUCAAAACUUUAAUGUUACAUUGCUUAUUGCAGUAGCAAUUAAGGUGGAUCAACGACCAGUUGUUGAGAUUCAUCAUGAUGCUACGAAGCAGCUGUCUGUGUACAAAGAUGGCAUAAAACUUAAUACAAACAUCACUGAUGAAACAUUUAAUCUACAAGUUGACAAUAAUACUGUGAUCAUCGCUGUCUCACCUGGUAUAGCUCUUGAGAUAACAACUGCUGCAGAUGGUCUGUCGCUAGUACUGUUCACACCACCAGAUCAGUUACAGAAUUCGUCAGGCCUGCUUGGCUAUGCAGAUGGAAAUCCUACUAAUGACUUUCUGCUUCGCAAUGGUACCACUUUUCAGGAACAGUUGACCCCUGAACUUAUUUUUCAGUAUGGGCAAUCCUGGAUGCUUCAGAAUGCCAGUGAAUCAUUGUUCAACUACACCCUAGACCUAAACAAAGGGUCAUUUAAUGAUUCUCAGCACCGAAACUUCAUUCCAACAUCGGUUCCUGCAUCUGACAUUGACAUUUUGUCAGCCCUGAACCAGACAUCUCAAAUGGAGAACGGAUUGUCCCACUGUAAUCACUCUCUUGCAUGUCUGCAGGAUUUUUUUAUCACCAGGAAUGAAAACUUUUCGGAAAGAGCAUCAAUAAAGGAUACAAUAAAAGCUCAGAUUUAUCUUUUAGGAAAAAGCCCUCCUGUGUUUAAAGAUCUUCCAAAGGUAUGGAACAUUUCGCUCACAGCUGGAAUAUUCAGACUCAAUGUCACAGCUCUGACAGCCACUCAGGUGUCAGUUCAGAAUUAUACGCUUUUGCCAAAUGGCCUGAAUGCAUCUCUUGUGCCACACCAGUCCUCAGCAGAAUUCACCUGGUACUUCUCACCUGCAGAACUGCAAAACAUGACUGAGGUCCCAUUUUUUAUCUCAGCAAUUGAUGAAUAUGAGCUAAAAUCUACUUAUGAGCCCAACAUUGUUGUAUGUGCUUGUCAACAAGAGCUACAGUGCAACUUUGCAAUCUCUUCAUUCAUGCUAAGCUCUCAGCAGAUGACAGGCUUGCUCUACCUCGUAGAAUGUCAGUGUGGACUCAACCGAGGGGGGCGAUGGUGUGAAAAGGAGGUUGAUGCUUGUGAAAUAUGCUAUCCUAAUGCAACCUGUAACAAGACUUUGACUAACAGCACCAUCUGUCAGGCUUGUCCAUAUGGCUAUGAAGGGAAUGGCAUCCAGUGCUAUGAGGUUGAUGAGUGUCUGGGGGUAAAUGAAUGUGAGCAGUUCUGUCAGAACACCAUUGGAAGCUUCAGCUGCCACUGUGGGCCUGGCUUUAGGCUUGUUGGCAAAGGCCACUGCCAAGACAUUAAUGAGUGCAUGGAAAAUCAGACAAUCUGCUCUGACCCCAGCAAACAGUUUUGCACCAAUACAGUGGGUUCCUACCAAUGCCUGUGUAGACCAGGAUAUGGGGGAGACAACUGCAGCACAAAAGUCCCCUAUGUAUAUGGAGGUCAGAUCGUCUUUGCAGCAAUUAGAGAUCAGGAAUGGUCUGAUGAUCUCAAUCAUGCAGAAUCUAAGGCAUUCCAAACUUUGGCAAAGAAAGUUAGCAGUCAGAUUUUAGCUGUUUUAAGCAAGACAAAGGGUUUUGAGAAUAUCGUUGAAGUGAACGUGAUAAAGUUCACCAAGCUAACUGCCAAUGGGGUGCAGAAACGCAGCACAGACAGUGCUGUAUCGCCACAGACUGCAGCAACAUUUAAUGCGUACAUGACCAGUAGCCAGAACAGCAGCACACUCAAUACAGCCCUUAAAGCAGGAUUUGACGAGGCCUGUACCAACAUCUGUUCUUUCGGAAAUGAACCAGGACAGCUUUUGGGUGUCAACCGCGAUCAAACUGGAUUUGAUGAAACCUUUGAUCUUUGCCAAAGUGAACGCUUAAAUGAUUGCCACGAUCCUUCCACUGUCUGUAUCUCCUACAACGGCACAUGGAUGUGCCAGUGUCGCACUGGCUAUGAGCGCUGGGAUCUUCAAACCAAUGCUUGUGAAGAUGUGAAUGAAUGUUCACAAAACUCCACAGAGAACCUUUGUGGAAUGAAUGGAACAGUGUGCAACAACUUGCCUGGAACUUAUAAUUGCACCUGUUCUGACCUGUACCACUGGUCUAACACAGAUACCAAAUGUACUUUGUAUGACUACUGUGCGGGAAACCCUUGCUUUAAUGAUGCUGAGUGUAUCAACACAGGGGAAUCACCUGGAUAUGCAUGCAGAUGUAAAUAUGGCUGGACAGGAAGCACGUGUGAUACUGACGAUGAAAAAGCAGCAGAGAUGAAAAGAACUGUGAUAGGACUUGCAGCUGGACUGGGAGCCUUUUGUUUUCUCCUCAUUGUCAUCAUUAUUGUCAUGUGUGUCAUCAGAGUGAAGCGAAAAGGGUCUCACUACACCUCAUCAUACAACGGGACAUACACCAUUCCUCGGCCUUACCUUGGUUCAGGCAGUGAUCUGGAAAUGUCACACAGAGAGUCUUUGCAUAAGUUCACGGACUUCAGAAGCAAUACCCUACUAGAUGUGGAUGAUGAGCCAACCCAUCCAGCUCGUGGACCACAUGCGCGUGAAUAUGACAACCAUUCCUUCGUCAAUGAUCACAAUAAACUUUGAUGAACCAUUUUUCAGUCUUCAAGAUGCAUUCCAUCAUCUGUGCCAUUUAUCAACAUAUCAUAUAUAUGCUGUUAUGAUUGUUUUUGCAUUUUUAUGAAACUGUUGAUUCAUUCACCAAGAUUACAAUUAAGGCUAAUUUCUUGAAGAGCUCUUGACAGUUUCAGAAUUAACAUAAUUGAAGGUCAUUGUUGUUUUUUCAGAUGUGGUGUUCUAGCAAUCAGAUCAAGAGUGCUUUCACUGUAGAGUGACUAUAACAAAAGAUUUGCUUAUUAUUUUUUAGGAAGACCUUCACAGUGAAGUGAAUGUAAACAAAACUUUUGUGUCAUCACAGUUCUGUAUUUGAGCACCAUGUUUCUCAGUGUCUAAAAAAGGCACGUCCCAUAACCUAGAGUAGAGUGAAGAUAAAUAGUUUACUGUGUCCAAGGCACAAUAUGUCGAAGCCAGAGUCUAACUCCUUUCCGCUAUCUUUACUUUCCUUCAAAAAUCAACUUCCUGCCAUCAAACAGAUUUCUGACACCAUAGUCAUAAAGUGAAGGUAAGUCUGUCCCCAGGGCAACAUGGGGAAAUCAGAGGUAAUGUCUUUUUUCCAUAACUACCAGGUGAUGUCCAGACCCUGUGAAUAUUUCAUUUAUGUAACUUUACCCCAGGGUAUCUUUUCUAUUGUUUUUUUUAACAUGGCUGCUAGGGUAAAGCAACAUCUGCGGAAUCUGGACACCACUUUUUUACCACAAUAAGGUUAUCCUCGAUUUCUCUGUGCUACCCCUUCUUAACAGCUUACUCUUUUUCACAAUUCAUAAUUUUCACAACUAUGGUCCAUGUAGGGUGAGUGGGAGGGUUUAGUUUCCCAGCCAUGGACUCAAAAAAGGUCUUGAAUUAGUGACCUGCCUCAUAGUUUGUAAUACUAAGCACCAGAGUAUGGUGCCUCCUCCAACAACACAAGAAAGGGAGAUCCCAUAUUUACCAGUGUAUUAAAAAGGACCAAUACAUUAACUACUUGUGACAAAAUAGCUUUGACACUUCAGCUGCGACAUGAAAAAUAAUUUACUGUCACAUGUGGCUUUCUUUGCUUUGCUUAGAAAGACAUGGUGGCUUGUGAUAUUAAAUUUAUGAGUAGCCUUGUUUGUUUGUUUGUUUAUUAUUUUUGUAAAAAGAUGGGACUUGGAAUGAUGAAACUGAGAGCCUUUUUUAAUAUUGUGAUUUGUUUCAAAUACUUGUAUUUUUGUGUUUUUAAAUUACAUAUUUUGUAUGUUUAUUUAUAAUGUGUGUUGCUGGUUGUGAAUUAAUUUUAACCGAAAAUACAUUUUAAUCAAUUAAAGGAAAUGUAUUUUUAAGAACAGAUAUUACUUUUUGCUAGAAGGUGCAAAUAUAACAGGAUCUUUCUAUGCGAGGUGAAUUUUUGUUUCAUAUUUAUGAUUAAUGCAAUGCUUCUUGAUAUAUAUAUAUGCUAAGCAUAUAAUUAUGCACUCUUCAAAAAUAUUACUUGUCAUGUUUUACUUGUUUCUGUAUGUGUGCAUUUGCAUGUAUAUAAUAAAAUGUAAUGAAAUGCCUUAUCCUUUAUACCAACUCGAGUAUGUUGGUUUUAGAUAUGUAUUAUUAUUGCUUCUUCAUAAUAUAACAAUUAAUAAGGAAUUAGGUUUUGAUUUUAUUAAAAAAAGUUAUUGCCUUUUUUAACAUUUUCAAGCGAGAACAAAGUUUUGUUUCCUCCAGCAUGCAGGCUGCAGAUUGGUUAGCUUCUCUGUCAAGAUACUGGAAUGAUAACUAAAAGUGCUGUUUCUUCAGACUGCACCAUUCUGAAUGCAAUUUUUCAGGAAAAAGCAUAUUAUUAUUAACCUUACGUGGUGGACUAUUUCCGUCUGAAGAAAAUGUACAAAGUACGAGGGUCGUUUAAAAAGUUAUAAGCCUCACCCAGAAGGAGUUGACAAGACUGUUUUUCUCAAUUUUUCUAUAUAGUCCCCCUUGACGUCAAUGUACUUGGUCCAUUAUCUGUGCUGACCCUGCACCACUUGAAUGCAGCAGCCGUCUUCACAGUUGCAUAGGAAGGGGAGUCCUCAGCAAGUGUCUGUACCAUGUUCUCAUGGAUUUCCUUGGGUGUCAUACCUUUCUUUUGCAGAUACUUUAAAUCUUCUCGGGCCUAUGUUUUGUCCAUUUUUAGAUUUCUCCCACUGCCCUUCACCUUUGUAUGGCCUUCAUGUGCACAUGGAACAGAAAUCUAGUAGUUUUUCUAGUUUUAUGAGAAGUGAUAGUGUGUUACCACAAUAGAAAUGUUCAGCUAUUGCUCUUUCUGGGUGAGACUUAGAAGUUUUGAAUGACCCUAGUACCUAGGUAUAGGUGUGCUGUUACUUUUUGACAGCAGUAAAUAAAAGGUCAUUGUUUUCAUGAGGGUUUGAUUUUUAUUGUACCUGAUUAUCAAGGUCUUCCUAAUUUCUUCCUCAAUGUUUUCAUUGUUUACAAUAUUUCAUGUAUAUGAAGUAGUUGCAGGGAUAAAGUAGGUACACACCUGUGCAGUAAUCUAUAUCUAUACUGAAGAUAAUGUUAGCAAAAAUGCAUUGGGUUGUAUACUGUGUAAUAUUUCUCAGCUGCAUAGAUUCCAUUUUGUACCAUUUUAGGAGACAUGGGAUUUAGGGAUACAUCAUCAAAGCUUUGAUUUCUAGCCAACUUUAAAGAUUGUCUAGUUUGCCUUCUGUGACCCAUCCCAGUUUGGGGGUGAAGGCACCGGAUGCAGGUCAAUACUGAAGGACUUUGUUUGGAGACUUUCUGCAAGCCACAGUAUCAUGCACAUAAUGGGCACCAUCUUGUCCACUAAGAUCAGGGAGAUGGUUAAGUGCUAGUGGAUGUCGCCUGUCAAUGCAUAAUUGGACAUAGCCAUUUCAAAAUGGUAUCAAUAAUUAUAUAGAAAAGAAAAUGUUUACAAGACUAGUCAAAUCUCUUGAAAUUUUACUGGGAUUUAUUUUGGUGUACAGGAGAUGGGGAAAGUUAUCCAAAUGAACGUCUGUAGUGCAUAAGGAAUACACCAUAUUGCGAUUAAAAUUCUUGUUUCUGGAAGUUGAUUAGAGGUAUGAGCUGGGCUUUCACAAUUUUUUCAAGUUAUAAGAUUUUUGAAAAAGUUUACUUUAGUUUUAAAAAUACAACAAAAUAUAUUACUUAUAUACAGGAUGCAGAAUACUACUACUUAAAAUUUUUUUUUGGUUAAUUGUAACCCCUUACUUUUUAAACAAGUAGACCUUGCCCACCAGACUUUGGGAUUCUGACAAUUAUUGGAAAUUAUCAUUAGCAUGUGCUCUCACAAUUUUCCCAAUUUUGAUGAUAAACCUAUAAUACUGUUAGUUUUAUGUUGAAUCGUCAUCCAUCUUGUCAUUUAUCACAGUGCAAAGUGCUAAAGUGAUUCCUCAUUGGCUUUCGACAACUGUGCUGCUGCUGUAACGUUCAGGUAGUUGCUGUAUUAUAUUUGUGCUUUCCAAGGAAUCAGGCAUCAGAGUAGGCAUUUUUCUGGACAUUUAACUUCCACGUUCCCUAAAAUAGUAUACAAUUUACACGUGCAACUCAAAUGCAUUGCCUCCACUCUUAUAUAAAAUGCAACUUGUUAAAAUAUAUAGCAUUCAAAAUCGAUUGUUAAAAUGGAUUGCUGUUUAUUAUAUCUGUUUAGUUCAUAAAAAUUAAUGGUCAAAUAUAUUUGGCACAAGACAGUUAAAUUUUUGUCUAAGCAGCAGACAACCACUUUAAAAAAAAAUCUUGCUUUCUGGGGGGAGGGGUUUUAACUAAAAAGCAAAAAAAAAAAAUAAAAAAAUAAAUAAAAAAAGUUGACACCCAAGACUCAGGUUAGCUGGUUGAUUUUGGUUAUGGUGCUUUGCUAUGGGCUAUUUCAGUUUCCAGAUAUGUCAGAGGUUAGAACAGUGGCAUUUUGAGUUUCUUGCUUUUUAGACUGAGCUAUGACAACUGGAAAUAAAAAGACAGGCAAACAGUC